AUGGACGAUUCCCUCACUCAGACCCCGCGUGCUCCUCCGCCGGCACCUCGCGGGAAGCAGGUGCUUGAAGAGAGUGGGGGCGAGUCAGAGGUCAACUGGCCCUCCAUUCCGUCCUCCUCCGAUGAGGCGGGCCAGCCUGCCGCGACCCAGGUAGUCGUCCCCGUGGACAACGAGGAGGAAGAGGAGGAUGAGACGCCCUUGAUCGUCAGUAGAACAAGGGCACAUGCAGCGGUAGCGACCACUUCCGCAACUGCUGUCGGUAGCGUGGCGACGACCACCCCCGCGGUGGCCGCCACUGCAGUGGCAACUCCCUUGACAGUUCACGCGACACCCUGGGCUGCGGCGACCCCACGGGCGCCCACGGCCCUGCCUGCACGGCGGCUCUUCCGGGGCUUCAAGCUCCAGCUCAACCCCCCGAAGGACGGCUCGCCGGCUAGUGCCGGCAAGAGGGGGAGGGCUGAUUCGCCACCUGCCGUGCCGAGCAAGAAGGCGCGCACGCAGGCCGGCAGCAGCUCCGAUCCGGCCGCCACGAGGGCCAGCGGCGCCGCUGCUGCGCCUGCCGCCGACGCGGCCCCGAAGGAGGUGGCGCUGGCAAUGGGCCCGAUCGCGCCCGCACCGGGAGCGGGCGCUGCGGUGAUUGACCUCGGACCCGUCAUCGAGGCCGCGGGGACAGCGGAGGAACCGGAGGCGAAAGCCAAGAAGGAGCACGCGGAGGUGCUCGCCGCGGCUCAGGUUCGCAUCGACGAGAAGAGCGACCUGAUCAGCAGCUACCUCGGUCAGAUCCAGGGCCUGCGCGUCAAGCUGGAGGGGCAGACCAAGGCUACGGAAGAUGCGGUAACAGCGGCAGCACGGCAGGAGGUUGAGCUCAAUUCUGCCGAGGAUAGGAGGGCCCGCCUCGAGACCGAGCUGGCCACCGUCUGGGAGGAGCUCGUCAAGACGGGCGAGGAGAAUGCGGCCAAGGCCACACAACUCUCAGCGCAGGCGAGCCUCCUCCGCAAAGCCAAGCACGCGAUGCAUUUGGCUCGGACCAACCAUGGCACGCUGAUCGGGCAGCGGGAGCUGGAGACCAAGAAGCUGCUUGGAAUCGCCCAACCGCUGCGCAACCUGCUGCCGCGGUUCGAACUACGGGCCACGCGGGUGGACGGGCGGACGUUACCACGCUGA